CUGCUCAGUUUAAGCCCGUCAGAGAUUCAUCAUGUGGUGGUGAUGAUAGAUUCACGUGGUAUUUGGUAUUUUGCGACCAAAUGUGCAUUUUAUUCACAGAAAGAAAUUGUGGACGAAGCUUUUGACAUAGUCAGCUCCUCCUGAUGCAAAUUAUGCUUAAGCUCUUAUGCUACUACUUUACCACCACUGUCCGUCAUGUUACUUGAAUCAGCCAAUCAGCAAGUCGAUCGCGUAGCUCCGCCCCUCGACCUCCGCUCGCGCCUACCUUAGUCAGAUUUGACAAAGUUUUUGUUAUGAAACAUCGAAAAUCUAUUAUGAAUCAAUUUUUCCUUUGGUACGUUUGUACCUUGGACACAAAGGUACCUCUGUAACGAAAAUCGUAUUUCUACUUGUAUCGGCGAGGAAACAGUAGGCGAAAGUUCAACACCCUUCCCCCCACCCAACACAUCGAGCAGCAGCCGGUUGCAGUGUGGUGCAUCUCAUCAGGUUCUUUGUGAGCAGAGCUGAUGUCCGGAACAACACCAGGGAAGGAACUCAGACUUUCUCACUAGAUUUCUUGGCAUUUUCUCGUCGGUUUCGAGAUUAUACGUCACACAACGCUCCCUGACAGUCACAAGGAUCUUCUGGAUGGGUGUUUGGCAUAUUUUAUAGUGUUUUUGACCAGUGAGGACACGAGUUUUCUUCCGCGAAAUUCAAGUUUUGUCACAACCAUGCCGCUUCUUCAUCGCAAACCUUUCGUACCUAGGAAACCACCUCCAGAUCUCAAGAUCGACGAGCAGAUUUUCUUCUGCAGACUGACAAAUGAAGUCUUUAGAGACUACGAUGAGUUCUUCGAGCGUACGAUGCUAUGUAAUAGCCUCGUAUGGAGUUGCUCGCUGACUGGACGGUCGGGAUUGACGUACCAGGAGGCAGUGGACUCGGAAGAUCGGGCCCGAAAGGUGCUGGAGACGUUCCCCCAGCCUCUCCAGGUGCCCGUGCUGUACCUGGCCGCCCUCACCCGCCGUCCUCGCAUGGCAGACGUCUGUGACGACGUCUACGCCUUCCUGAAGGAUCGCAUGCUUGUUGGGGAGACUGUGGAAGUUCAAAGGGGCGCCUCAAGAGUGAGCUGUACAGUACUAAGGGUGAUCCCUCCAGCCUCUCCACCCAAACCUUCUCCUUCAGCUACAAAUGGAGACUCUGAUGUCAUCGUCAUCAAUGGGGAGGACUCGGGGGAAGAGGAAGCUGCCAGCAGCCCCUUGAGUCCAGGUGGUCACAAGUUUGGUCCAAAUCCAGAUCUGUUCCAGUACUGGGUGCAGCCACUGGAGAGCACUAACAAGGAGCCAUUCAUGGCAAAGGCAGAUCACAUCUGUCGGAAGAAGGGCCUGUUCACGCGGGACAAGAACAAGCUGUUCCUCAAGAUGCACUGUGUACCUGGGAACGGCUUCUGGGUCGUUAAGCCAGAGGAUUUGGCUAAAGCAAACCUGAGGACACUGAACUUCAGCCGCUACUGGCCCGGCCCCCUGCCCCAGUUCUCAUCCUCACCUAUUAAGACCAAAGAACCAAAGAAACGUAGCUUCUCCAGUGAGGGGGAAAGUGCCUCCAGCUCGCAAGACUCACCCAAGAAGAAGAAGAAACCUGAAGGAACAAGUGCAGAGAAAAAGAAAAAGGAAAAGAAGAAGGAUAAGAAACAAAAAGAAGUCAAGCCUGUAAUGGAGAAGCCCCCCAAACUGAGUAAGGAAGAGAGGGAGCAGAUCCAGGCAGAGAUCAAGAAAAAACGUGAUGAACAGAAAGCUGCCAUGAAGGAGGAGCUGAAGAAGAAGAAAGAAGAAGAGAAGGAAAUAAAGAGGAAACAGAAGGAGGCAGAGAGGGUGGCCAGGAUGGAGGCCAUGAGAAAACAGAUGGAAGAAAUGAAGGAACAGAGGAGGAUACAGAAAGAACAGGAGCGUCAGGAGAAGCAGCGCCGGGCAGACGUCCUGCGGGAGUGGCUGAAGCCCCGUGAUGACAUGCAGUGUGAUGACCUCAAGGACCUCCCUGUGCCCACUCCUGUGAAGACAAAGCUACCCACAGAGCUGUUUGGAGACACUGCAAUGGUCCUUGAGUUCCUGUCAGUCUUUAAGGACUUGCUGGGAACAGAGGAGGAGUUUACGGAUGGGUUGUCUCUUGAAUGGCUAGAGGACAGCAUCUUGGAGACCCGUCCGGAUGGUGGGCUGGCAGAUGUUCUCCGUUUCCUGCUGUCCUGCAUCUUCCAGUUCCAGGAUGCGGAGGAUGAGGAGGCGGCUGAUGAGGGUAAGAAGGAGCACGAGGGGGCGACCACGGCCAGCACCACGGAGGGGGUGGAUGAGGACGAGGACCCCACCCUGUCUGCGCUGUCUGCUGCUGCCACGCUUGCAGCUGCCUGGCCUGUCCUGCACCAAGGAACCUCCCUGCGAGAGCUGCCCCUGGAAGGUACGUCUCUGUCGGAGGUGCUGCGCCUGCACUUGCUGUCCUCUGGGUCCCGCCCAUCCUCCAACCGCGCCAAGUUCUGGUACCAGCAGCGCGGGGGGUACACACCCACGGACGAUCCUGGCAUCGAGUUCAGGAUGAAUGAACCAAAGAUUCUCAAAACCCUGGCCAAUGGCAAUGUCUUUGACUUGGAGCCAGUGCAGAAGUUGAAGAUUUUGAGCACACUCUGUAACCAACUGCUGGUGUACGUGACGGCGCGAGACUUCAUCGACGACCGGUAUGAGGAGAUGCGGGGAGCCCAGAAGGAGGUGAAGGCGAGUCAGCUGGCCGAGCGACAGUGGGAGAGAGAAGUGGCUGCUGACAGGUUCCGUCGACGUCAGGAGGAGCGAAUGAAGCAGAGAGAGAAGAUGCUGAAACUGCAGCAGGAGAGAGAAGAGAGACUCCGCAGGGAGGAGAACAUGCCAGUCAAUGGAGAAGACAAAAAUGGUGUCAACAAAACUGACCUGAACACAAGUGGUGACAGCAACAAGGAGAACCUUGAAAAGAAAGGGGAAGAUAAGAAGGUUGAUGAUGAUACGGGAGAAGUGAUGGAGGUGGAUAAGUCCCUGUCUGCGGAGGAAGAGGAGGAGAAGAAGAGGAAACAAGAGGAAGAAGAGGAAAGGAAAGAAGAAGAGAGACAGAAAAAGGAGGAAUUCCAACAGAAGGAGCAUGACUUAUUGAAGAAGGUUGCUGAAGCUACUGCGAGAUACAGCAUCGCACCACUGGGAAGGGACCGCAGUUACCGCCGUUACUGGGUCUUCCACUCGCUGGGCGGACUGUUUGUGGAGGACUGUGAUGACUCGGUUCCACCGGAGCUGUUAGUUCCCACUGAGCAGAAGUCAAACAGUAGCACCACCACAGCUGCAGGUCACCAACAUUCCAUGCCAAACCUUGCAACAGCCCUACCUCAGAAUAAUCAAAAACUCAUGCAAGGACAAAGUGCCCCCACUGAGCAGGGCCAGACCGAGUCUGACCCUCAGAAUGUUCAGCCCAUGGACACUACUCCUGCUGUGGUGGAUCUCACAGCAGAUUCUGAGGUUCAACAGACUGCUGCUCCUACCUCAGACUCUGUGGAAAAUAUGGCUGUGGAGGAAGGAGAACAUGAAGCAGCUGAUGUGGAAAAAGCAAGUGGAGUUGGCAAGAUACAUUGGGCCUUCUACAGCACCUCUGAGGAGCUGGAAGGGUUGCUGCAGGGCCUGAACACCAGGGGCUAUAGGGAGGGGGCUCUACGGGAAAUACUCUCACAGGAAAAGUCUCGUAUCCAAGAAGCCAUGCAGCAGUGCUCUGUGGAAGACUUGACAUUUGUUGCAGAACCUGAGCCGGCCGAAGUCAGCGUGCAGCCUUCCCGAGCUGCCAAGCAGAAGGCCGUAGCCGUGGCAGUGGCGGACAGCUCGGCAGCCCAGGCCCUGGAGCUGGCCCUGCGCGACCAGAUCCUCACCAUGGAGGACCAGAUUUGGCAGGGCACACUGGGAGCCAUUAAGGUGACUGACCGUCCUGCGUGGAGAGAUGCCAUUGAGCAGGGCUCCUAUGACUGCCAGUGUGAGAAGCUGACCUGGGGGAGUGAGGCCAGACCGUUCCACUUGGAAGCAGGGAACCUGUGCAUCAGCAUGGCUGAAAACAACAAACCUGAGGUCAACGGCAAGGAGGUGAAUGAACCACCAACACUGCUGCCAUACAGAAUUGCAGAGUUGAAGCAUUCAGAGACCCCCACUGGUAGCACCCAGUCCAGCACCCCUGACCAUCCGGUGACCACGGUGGUGCGUGAGCUGGCGGCAGCAGUCCUGCAGCUGGAGCAGUGUGUGGAGCGCAGAUUCCUCAAGGAACCUCUUGGAGAGGAUGAGACAACUAAGAAGGCUCUUGGAAAGAUUGAUAAGAAGAACCGUCGGAAGGAUGAUGACAAUGAAAGUGUUGGCACAAAUGAGAGUGAAGACACUGACCCAGGAAAGGUGCAGAAGACAGUGUUGGAGCGGUGGGAGGAGUCGCUGAUGUCCGCCACCAGCCUCCCGCAGGUGUUCCUGCACCUGGCCACGCUGGACCGCUCCAUCAUGUGGGCCAAGUCCGUGCUGAACGCUCGCUGUCGGAUGUGCCGCAGGAAGGGAGAUGCAGAGAAGAUGCUUCUGUGCGACGGUUGUGACAGGGGCCAUCACAUGUACUGUCUCAAACCUCCACUCAAGAAAGUCCCUGAGGGUGACUGGUACUGUCACACGUGUAAGCCACAGAUGCAGAAGCGAGCGAUGCCGCAGACACCACGCAGACGCCGUACAAUGGACAGUGACAGCGAGUCAUCAGACAGUGAGGAAGAGUCUGAUGAAGAGGCUGAGGAUGAUAGUGACAGUGAAGAAGAAGAGAGUGAGGAGGAGGAGGAGCUGGAGGAAAGUGAUGAAGAGGAGUCUGAGGAGGAGUCAGAAGAAGAGGAGGAGGAGGAGGAGAAAGCAGCUGUGACUGCAGAGAUCGAGCAUGCAGACAUCUGUUCCAUCUGUAGUGACGGAGGUGUGCUGGUGCUGUGUGACACCUGUCCCUGUGCCUUCCACCUGCUGUGUGCAGACCCCCCUCUUAACCGCAUCCCCAGGGGCAAGUGGCGUUGCCAGUACUGUACAGGCAGGGUACUACGGGAGCCGGGAAGGACACGAAGGGACAACAAAGAUGAGAAGAAAGGGAAAAGCGGGCAAAAACCUGCUGCUAAAUCUCAAGGGAAGGCGGCCAGCAGUCAAGAAGGGUCACGCCCGUCCUCAAGAGCAGAAUCUUCCUCGUCACGAUCUCGUGCUGAGCCCUCAAAUAACAGCCGCUCUAAUAGCCGAGCCAACAGCCUGGACAGGACAACAUCCCGCAACACCAGGAGGAACAUCCUGCCAGAUCCCGUGCCAAGCAGCAAGCCAAGGAGUACCAGCUUACAGCGUGGUGCAGGCACAUCUCAGAAGCGGGGGCUAGUGGACACAGAUGAAGACAGCGAUGUGUCCGGCAGUAACAAGAGAACAAGGCGACAGAAAGUCCUGCAGAGCUCAGAUGACUCGCAGGACGAAAAGGUACAGGUGACAAGUAAACGUCCUCGGAAAGCUGUGAUCGAGAGCUCGGAAGAGUCAUCAGCAUCAGAUGUGAAGUCGGCCAAGACAAAGGCAAAGGAAGUAAAGAAACCUGAACGCACAUCUACAAGUCAGAUCAAAGUCAUCAGUGCCACAAAGGACAACAGGAGACGAUCACAAGAUCCCGGUUCCAGCAGUAAACGUCCGUCAUCGCCGCGUGUCCCUGACACGAGGAGGGACUCUGGGCCGAGCCGGCGCCUGUCCUCGGGCCUGAGAGGAGGAGAAGAGGUCGGCUGGACCACCAAGUGUGAGAUCCUCCUGACAGAACUGGUCAAACAUCAGGAUGCCUGGCCCUUCAUCAAACCUGUCAGCAGGAAGGAGGCACCGGACUACUACAAGCUUGUCAGGAAGCCCAUGGACCUCAGUACACUACGCACAAACUUCAACCAGAUGGCCUACCGGACAGCCGCUGAGCUCCUGGCCGACGCACGGCUCGUCUUCUCCAACUGUGAGCAGUACAACCAACCACACGCCACCGAGGCACGUUGUGGCCGACGCCUGGAGCUUUACUUUGAAACACGUGUGAAGGAACUUAAGUUAGAGGCACCCCAACAGAAGAAGCUAAUAUGAAGUUUGUACCUUGAAGUGGUUACAGGAAUGGGGAAAAAUGUAUAGUAAAGUUGAAUGGUUACAUAAUCGCAGAUACCUCAGAAGCUGUGGCCAAUGUCUUAAGGCAUUUGUGAAUGCUACCAACAGGCUCACAGGUGAUUGGUUUUGAUCACUAUCAAUCUAUUUCCUUGGUUCACAGACCCUUAAGAAUAAAAUUAUUUCCAAUAGGAAACUUGUUGGAAAUGUACUCAGAAAGUGUGUGUUGAAAAUAUGUUAUAUGAGUAAUGGGCUGUGAACAGAGUAAUUAGGUUGGUAUGGCUAAAAGUGAAUUUGCUGAGUGUGUAGAUUAUUUUGUGACAAAAACAUGAAUUGAUUGAACCUUUUUGUUGGUUGGUCUUGGAAAUCAUAGAGAUGUGAGUUAUUAUGACUGAAAGUUUAUACUAUUGAAAAUCAGCAGAGUAGAUUUUGAUGCUUCAAGUCCAUUCAAAUGAAGUCAGUCCAUGCCAAUGUCUGGUGAAGUAUGAAGUUCUCCUGCAUGUAAGAAAAUACGCUGCCCACCGCCAAGAUUAACUUGGUCACUUUGAUAUUUGUGCACAAGUACCAACUUAGCAGUGCUUUCUAUGUCUUAAUGCGCCAAUUGAUAUAUGAUGAGAUGAUGUUUGUGUGGGCCUGUUCUCACUUUUUGCUACCUACAAUAACAAAACUGGUGCAGCUAUGUAUCUAUCAAUAUCUCAACCAAAGUGUAAAGAUAACCACAGUGAUGUGUUUGUGAACCAACAUGCGAAUCGUCUGAGGAAUCAACUUUGUAUUUAAACAAGUUCCUAACUAGCAGCCUCUACAAGUGUUUCCCAAAACAUUUACUCUAUUACAGAAAAAGUACAUGUAUAAGGUACCCACAAUGGGUAAAAUCACGGUAUCUCUGUUGGGGUAAUUAAUAAUUAUCUUGUUUAAAACAAGACAAGAUGGAACAUAUACAUCUUAAUACAUGGAAUCACCCUUCCAAGAAAAUAUCCUGGGGAAACACUACACCAACCUUCUGUCUUUUGAUACAAUGUACUUCUAUGAAGUUGUCACUGUUUUUGCUGUGUUACAAAAUGAAGACAUUUGUAUUUGUAAAGCUGUCACUGAAUAAAAGAGCAUCAAUUUGC